GCUCUCUGCACCACUCUGCCUCCUUUUUGUCUUCCUCUGUCUUAAAACUGCCUUCUCAUCCUCUAUACAUGCUUCUUCCUUCUCAACAACGCAUCUCUGCUCUCAUGAGGAGGCUCUUGCUUUGCUGCAAUUCAAAACAUCCUUCUCCAUCGAUUACAUUGCUUCUAAUCCUGAUUUAUGUAAAUAUUAUUAUACCGAACCUUAUUCUAAGACUGAAUCAUGGAAGGAAGGUGUAGACUGUUGUUCCUGGGAUGGGCACUCUUUUCUUCCUCAGAAACCUGCAGAGCCUCAAUCUUGCCUUGAAUGAUUUUAGGGAUUCCAAGAUUCCAUCGGAAAUCAGUCAGUUUACUAGACUAAAGCAUCUUGAUAUCUCUUCUUCUGGAUUUUCGGGCCAAGUUCCCACAGAAAUUGCUCACCUCCCCAAGUUAGUCUCUCUCAAUCUCUCUAGUUAUGAUUACAACUUGAUCCUUGAAACAACUACCUUCAAAAAUCUUGUUCAUAACUUGAGUGAGGUGAGAGAACUUCAGCUUAGUGGAGUGAACAUGACAUCUGUUAAUCCUCGUUUCUUCAUGAAUCUCUCUUCUUCUUUGACUACUCUUGAUCUUUUCGAGAAUGGGUUAAGAGGAAACUUUCCAAAUGGUAUUUUUCGCUUUCCAAAUCUCAAGAUUUUUUCUUUAAGUGGAGAGCGAAACCUCACUAUUAAUCUUCCAAGUUCCAAUUGGAGCAGUCCUCUCCAAUGGUUGGGUUUAGGUGAUAUGGAUUGCGGAAGGCGAUUGCCAGAGUCUAUAGGAGAUCUAAAGUCAUUACAGUCUCUGGAUCUUUCUCACUGCAACUUGGAAGGUUCCAUUCCAGCUUCCAUAGGGAACUUAUCUGAACUUACCUUUCUUAACCUUGGCAAUAAUAAGUUUUCUGGUCCCAUUCCAGCUUCCAUUGUGAACUUAUCUCAACUAAUUGUCCUAAGCUUCCGUUCUAACAAUCUUGGCGGAAAAAUCCCAUCAUCACUUGCAAACCUCACCCAACUUAGCUGUCUUGGCCUUUCAAAUAAUCAGUUUUCUGGUCCCAUUCCUUUUCAUGUUACUAGUUUUUCCAAACUAAACAUGCUAGACUUAUCUUAUAACUUACUUAAUGGCACGUUGCCACCUUGGAUUUUCACCCUACCUGUGUUAAAGUACUUGCAACUCAAUCAUAACCAAUUUCAAGGUCAAAUAAAUCAAUUCCAGCAAAAUUCACUCACAUACCUAGAUUUGUCAAACAAUAAACUCCAGGGCUCAAUUCCUAACUCAAUUGCUAUUUUAGUAAAUCUUUUUUAUCUCGAUUUAUCAUCAAAUCAUUUUAGUAAUUUAGUAGAAGUUGACAUGUUCUCGGCGCUUCAAAAUCUGAAAACCAUCUUUCUUUCAAACAAUAAUUUGUCCUGGAGAAUGAAUGUCAAUGCCAACUUCACAUUACCAAAUCUAACUACUGUUUCCUUUUCUUCUUGUAACUUGAGUGAAUUCCCCAAUUUCUUAAGACAUUCAAAUUGUCUGGAAACCCUAGUGCUAUCCAAAAAUAGCAUUCGUGGAAAUAUUCCCGAAUGGAUAUGUGAAAAGGAUGAUCUCGAAAUUCUUGACCUUUCUCAUAACAAUUUAAUCGAGAAGAUUCCAAAUUGUCUUCCUAAGUUUCUCUCAGUGUUGAAUUUGCAGGCCAAUUACUUUGAUGGAAAUAUACCAUUUGGGUUUCCAGAGGGCUGUAGAUUACAAAAUCUCAACUUACAUGGAAAUCAAAUGGACGGGCCAUUACCAAGGUCUUUGGUGAAUUGUAGCAUGUUAGAGGUUCUAGACGCUGGCAACAACAACAUAGAGGAUACAUUUCCUCAUUGGUUGGAAUCUCUACCAGAGCUUCAAGUGCUUGUCUUAAGGUCCAACAAGUUCCAUGGUUUUGUGCAGAGCAGCAAAGAAAGUCCAUCUUUUCCCAAGUUACGAGUUCUAGACCUCUCCAGCAAUGAUUUUCGUGGCCCUUUGCCUACUCGGUACAUUGAAAAUUUUAAAGCGAUGAUGGACCCUGAUGGAGAGGAUGGUUCCCCUGAAUACAUGACGAUGUCUUAUCAAUCUUAUCAAUCUUCAACGCUUGUGGGAACGGUACCCAGUUCUUAUCAAUAUUCACUGGUUGUGACAUGGAAGGGAUCCGAGCGUGAACUGCAGGGAAUCUUGACCGUAUUUAGUAGUAUUCAUCUCUCAAAUAACAAGUUUCAGGGAGAAAUUCCAGAUGUUAUUGGAAAGCUUAGUUCUCUCAAAGGGCUUAAUCUUUCUCAUAACAACCUUACUGGUCAUAUCCCACUGUCACUAGGGAAUUUAACGAAUCUGGAAUGGUUGGAUCUCUCUUCCAACGGGCUGACAGGGAAAAUUCCUGAUGAAUUGGUAUCUUUGACACAACUCUCUUGGAAGGAAGAUGAGGAAAGCCAGAAGACUUGUUCAAAGAAGAAGCUAGUUGCAGAGUUGAUGUUUUGGAGCUUCUGAUUUAAUGUUUCCUGAAUAAGUGCUUUUCGGGUUUGAAGUUGCUGUUAUGGCUGGCAUUGGCUUGUGUAAAAUUGUCAGCCUUCUCUUGUCUUUAUUAUGCUGUGUAAUUUUGUCUUUCUUUAUUGUAAAAUAUAUUGAGAAAGUGUUUUACAAUCUGGGCGAGUACGACAGCAGAGUUAUUUGAAGGUUUAAGCUGGUUGGUAUGGUAGCGAAGAUGCAUCGAGUUUUUGUUCUUUACAGUUUUGUUCUAGAGAUUCCCAUUAGCAGCCUCAUAAAAAUCUGGAUUUUGA